AUGUUUAAAUCUUUGAAAUCAUCAAUAACUUCGACGUUAUCACCUGAUACUCAAAAUAAUGGCAAUGAUUCCAAGACUAACAAUAAUAAUGGUGAUGAUUCAUCGACAUUAGAAUUGAAUCAAGAGAAAAGAGAAGAAAUUGUUAAAAAUUUUAGAAAGAUAUUGGGAGCAGGGAACGAAAAAUAUGAUAACGCU